AUGUCAUCAUCAACAGGUAUUACUCAACAUGUAUCUAGUAUUGUAAAGUUAAAUCGGUUUUUAAUCUUGACAGUUACUCUUAUUGUUUGUUGUUCGUGUAUUUAUUCGAAACCAAUAGAUCUCGAUCAAUUACAAGAAUAUGAAGUUAUCAAUAGUCAUCACCCAAUUAUCUUAUCUCGAUCUGAGUGGGAUUUAGUUCAACGAGCAGCACCACGUCUUGGACGUGCUUCACCUCGACUUGGCCGUGCUUCACCUCGACUUGGUCGUGCUUCACCCCGACUUGGCCGUGCUUCACCUCGACUUGGUCGUGCUUCACCCCGACUUGGUCGUGCUUCACCUCGACUUGGCCGUGCUUCACCACGUCUUGGUCGACAUGUCGUUGAUUUGAUGUCACGAUUAAAUCACCUUGGUCAAUAUUAUAAUGUAGAUGAUGAUUAUAUUAGCAACGAUGAUCCAUAUGAAAUCGAAUAUUUGACGCAUGAACAACGAGCAGCACCAAGACUUGGACGUGCCAUUAAACUUGAUCAACAUCGAUAA